AUGGAACGCAUCGAGGACCAGGCAAAUGAUGACCCCAUCGCGGAAGGCCAGACGGUUCAGCGAGAUACUUCUUGGCGUUCUAUGAUUACUGUAAGUAUGGUCGUUUGCUUACUUGCGACACUCGGAUUUUCCUCCAACUUUGCAUAUGUCUUCAGCAUGGCUCAUAUAUCAAUUUCUGAAAGUUUUAGCUCGAGCUUCGCAGGGAGAGCUGAGAUAUUGAGCGAUCUUUUCGGCCGAGAGAGCACGCGAAGCGUGGAGAGCGGUCAGAGAAUACACUUUUUUGACUGUAUCUUUGCCAUUUUCGUUCGGAAAAAAUUGAGUUUUUGUGGAGCCAUUACUCUCUACGGUAGAAAUAGCCACGAAACUUUUCCUGCCCAAAUUCGCAAAAAAAUUCAAUUUUUUUCCCAACUUUCGACCUAAAAACCUUCGUGGUUUCUGCAAAGCGCGAGCUAAAAACGUUGGAUACGUUUUAAAAAAUUAUUAUUUAGAUUUACAACAAGUCUCAUCGAAAUUAAGAUAAAGAAUUUUAAUUUCUUUCAGUUUCCAAACAUGCUCUUCCCGCUUUAUCUCGAUUUCUUCGCUGUGUGGAAUCUCUAUCGCUGCCAGUCCAUGUUCAAUGUGUUGAUGCUGAUCUGGAGUGCGGAAGCGAUCAUCUUCUACUUCACGCAGCCGGAACACAAGAGCAUUAUGGCGAUUCAAGUCCUUCUGGUUUUAGUAGGUCAUGGUGAAGAUAAUUGUAUAUUUCUACAACAGGCUUGCUUCGAUUUCGCCGAAACUUGUAGGGAGUUUAGAAUAGGACCUCAGAAAAUAUUUGCCAAAUUUUCGGAUCGCGCUUUGCAGAAAACUCCGAGAUUUUUAGGUCGAAAAAAAUAUUUUGACUUUGAUAAGGCAUGGUGAAUAUAAUUGUAAAUUUCUGCAAGUUAUCGGCAUUGAAUUUUUAUGAAACUCCGCCAAUAUUUAGAAGAGGUAUUGGGAGGAAAUUAGCCAGACUUUCGGAUCGCGCUUUGCAGAAACCUCCGAGAUUUUUAAGUCGAAAAAAAUAUUUUGACUUUGAUAAGGUAUGGUGAAUAUAAUUGUAAAAUUCUGCAAGAUAUCGACCUUUGAAUUUCAUGAAACUCCGCGAAUAUUUAAAAGAAGCCUUGCUACGAAAGUAGCUAAAUUUUUGGACCUCGCUUUGCAGAAACCACCGAGAUCUUCAGCUCGAAAUAUUCUGAAAAUUUGACAUUUUUUGCAAUUUUCGCUCUAUCUUUCUUUUUAAUUUUAGGCGACAGACGUGACCAUCGCCAUGUGCAACGCUUUCACUGCCAUCUAUUUGUGCUACAUGUGAGUUUCGCUUUCAAAAAGUGAUUUUUUUAUUUCUCUUUGACGUUUUAUACGAUGAAACAUGUUUCGCCGUAUAAAAUGUCCCCUAUCAGAAAUUGUUGAUAAUGGCGAGUUUCCAUGACUUUCAGAGAGUAGACUAAGAUAUACGUGCAAAAAACUCCGUAAAAAUUUGGUUUAGAGACAUUUUAUACGAUGAAACGUGUUUCAAGACGUUUCAUCGUAUAACCUGUCACAUCCACAAAACUGUUAAUAAAGAAUAUUUCCUAUUUCAAAAUGAGUUUUUUCUGUAAAAAAUUAAGAUGUAGACAAUUUAAGGCCUCCAUCGGCGAGGAAUUUCGAAUACGACGAAGAUUUGUUGGCUACGCUGGGCAUCGACCUCAACGCUGCCACGAUGAGCUUGACCAUGGGGCUGUUCGCCUUCUGGGUGUUCCUCGUGCAAAACUAUUGUCGCGGCCAAUCCCGCCGUGAGAUCGCCAACGUCGUCUUCCUCCAGUUCAUGCUGAUCAUCUUCGGCGUCGUGUUCGCCGUCCACUUCAACGCCUUCAUGCUGGUCGAGGACGGCGCCCGAGUGGUGAUCAACCUGUGCAGCGUCGGCUUGGCGGAUAUUGUGUAUAAAUAA